GCAUAAGUAUAUGUUUUACUUGGUAAAGUGUCAUGUAUCUGAUCCGAACUGCCAAACUGCUUCUGCCACAUAUGUAUGUGUAUCUCUGGAUGAGUGUGGAGAGACAAAACAGAAAAGCCUAGUUAGUAAUAAGUUAAGAUGCGGCCGUCAGUAGGUUUCAUCAUUUCGUGCGCGUUUAUAGCAUUUAUCUUGCAUUCCAUUUACACAUUGGUGCAAAUAUACAGUGCCCCAUACUGCACUGGUGAUGAGGUAUGUUACACCUCAUAUUUGAACAACAAGCCCCGCAUGGAGCUGCUGGUGUACACUUCUGAUAUGGGUAGGUCCCAUGCUACUCCGAUUCUGCAUGUGAACAACUUCAAUUAUAAUGAACCAAUGGAAAAGGUCAUUGAAAUUGAUGUAAGUGAUUCUGCAAGGAGCAAUGGGAGCAUGUUGAUCCAUACUGUACUGUUUCCGGCGAGAGGAAAUGCAGAGUUUAUACCGCUGAGCGACGCCAAGAACUUGGCGGACGCUGUGUACUUGAAGAGUAAGUUAACGAAGCACAUCGUGCCUAGAGGGGCGGCGUUCAAUUUGCUUCAGGAGGAGGCGAAGAAGAAGUCUGUGAAGCCUGUAACCCAUAUGAAGUCCAAGUAUGUGAUGGUGAUGUGCAACGAGGAGUUGCACGUGCCGCAUCUGAACGUUCCCUUCGAGCUCGUACGGUACAUGAGGAUUAACAGCAAGAGGCAGUUUAUGCCGAUCCUCAUACAGGAUCUGCUGCAGACCAGGAUGAAGGACUUGGAAGAGGUGUUGGCGGACACGUACCGCAUGAACUUUACGUUCGCGUACUCUCCAACCUCGAUAGGGAAGUUCAAGUUCCUGGUGCAGAUGGAGGGCACGUUCGUGAAUUUCAUGAACCUCGGCUUCACCGCAAAGGACGUCGACGAGGUCAAGGGCGUGUUCGCGGACACCAAUUUGUAUCUUUUGUGCAUGACUUUGUUUAUCGGAGGAAUUCAUCUGUUGUUAGACUUUUUAUCGUUUAAAAAUUACGUGACUUUCUGGAAAUCGCACAAGACGAUGGCCGGCCUCUCCAUGCGCACCGUCCUCUGGAGGACAUUCUCGCAGACGGUCAUCUUCUUGUAUCUUCUCGACGAGGGCACAUCCCUAUUCGUCCUCAUUCCCAGCGCAAUUGGUACAGUGAUCGAGUUUUGGAAGAUCACGAAGAUUUAUAAGAUCACCAUCGGUUGGUCCGGCAUCAAGUUUAACACAAAUAUACAGGAUACAGAUGUUGAGGCAAAAACCAAGAAAUACGACAAGGAAUCCAUGAAAUACUUGAAUUAUAUUUUGUACCCACUUUUACUGAGCGCAGCCGUUUAUUCUUUGGUUUACCGGCCGCACAAAAGCUGGUAUUCUUGGACAAUCCACAGUCUAUCCAACGGUGUCUACGCAUUUGGAUUUCUAUUCCUCUUGCCUCAACUCUUCGUAAACUAUCGAUUGAAGUCCGUCGCUGCUCUGCCUUGGAGAGCUUUCAUGUACAGGGCGUUCAAUACCUUCAUCGAUGAUAUCUUCGCCUUCAUUAUCACUAUGCCAACUUCGCACAGACUGGCGUGCUUUAGCGACGACAUCGUAUUCUUCGUCUAUCUAUACCAGAGAUGGCUGUAUCCAGUCGACAAAAACAGAGUAGAAGAUGAUGGUACUGAGGAGAUCAACGACGCGACCAUCAAUGACAAGAAGAAGAUUGAAUAGGUUCAAAAGUUAUUAAAUACAUUCCAAAAGUA